AUGACAUCAAGCAACGCCGCCAGCAACAAUCUCUCCGAGGAGGCUAUUGUGCAGCGUUAUCAGCAGAUGCGGCAGGAGUGUCUCACACUUGUCUCCCGCAUCUCUGAACUAGAGAAUGAAUUACAUGAGCACAAACUGGUGGCCGACGCACUCCGACCACUCAACGGUGAUCGCCGCUGCCACCGCCUUGUUGGUGGGGCUCUCAUUGAACGCACGGUUGCGGACAUUCUGCCGGAAUUGGAGGAGAACAUUAACGCCAUUCAAGAGGCUGUGGAACAGAUAAACAAACGACUCACAGAGAGACAAACGGCAAUGGAGGAGUUUGCGAGAAAACACGGCGUGAAGGUGGCUCAGCAAAACGGUCAGACACCCGCUAAUGUGAACAGCGAUGCGGAGGCGGCACGGAAGGCCUCAGACAACGCAGAUCAGAGAGGUGUACUCGUGUAA